AUGGACUCCAAGCUGUAUCUGGCUGAGAACGUGCUCAAUGAGCGACAUGCUGUCACUUAUCGCUCACUGAGCCGCGCGCUAAAGGUGCCCGCCAAUCGAGCCAAACAGGUUCUCUUUGAAUUCCAUCGCAAUGAGAACGCGAAGAAGCCACAGACCGUCCACGCAACCUACGUCAUCUCCGGUAUCCAGAAAGCACCAGAGCCAACUCCUACGAAUGGCCAUGCCAAAGACGAGGAUGAGAUUAUGCAGAGCAGCCCUGACUUGCCCAGCUCGAUGCCGAACCAGGAUGCAUCUUCAAACUCAACCCGCAUUGCGUCAAUCAUUUUAGCUCGUGAAGAAGACCUGGAAGAUGCGAAAUCAACUUUCCAGUCGAUAUCUACAAUCCAUGUCUACAGCAUUGAACCCACACCUCUCCCUGAUUUGAACGUGUUGGUCGAUGUCAGUCGCGAGAUUGCGAUAAAGUAUGCGCAGGAAGAUCCAUUGGAGUGUGGAAAGCAAUGGGGCAUGGUCCAGAACCGAAAUGUUAAGCGGAGAACUGGCACGCGCCCACCUCCACCUCCAGCAGCUAAGGCUCAGGCGCCAGCUGCUAAGGAACCAAGGCCUUCUAUCGAGUCGACAGUACCUGCCAAACGGCCAUUGCUGAAGGAAGUCAAUCCGGCAAAGACUGAAACAAAGACCGAUGAUCCGAGCUCUCAGCCAUCCACUUCCGCAAACUCCCAGUCAUCUUCGAAGUCCGCUGCCAAAGCUGCGCCUGCCAAAAAGGGCAGCUUGUUCAGCUCGUUCGCUAAGUCGAAGCCAAAACAAAAGACAGCUGCCCCUGCAGAACUAAGCACGGAGGAUGUUGUGCUUGAUGAUGCUUCCGAAGAAGAACCAGAAGAACUGUUCCCUGAUAGCGGCGACAAGGCAGCAGCUGCAAACCGCGAAAGCAGAAAAGAACGCGAAGAAAAGCUAAAGAAAAUGAUGGACGAUGACGAAGCUGACGACGAAGAAAUGCCCGAUGCUGACGAGGACCCAUCUCGGGAACCUACACCUAUCGAGCAACCACCGCCAUCCAAGCCAGUUGAACUUAAAGAAGAAGUAACCGUGCAAGGCGGGCGGCGGCGAGGCAAGCGACAGGUCAUGAAGAAGAAGACGGUCAAGGACGAGGAAGGAUACCUAGUGACUCGGGAAGAAGCGUCGUGGGAGUCAUUCUCCGAAGAUGAGCCAGCCCCUAAGAAGAAGCCAGCAGUCAAUGUCCCCAAGGGUAAGGCCGGUAAAGCUGGCCAGGGUCAAGGUAAUAUCAUGUCUUUCUUUGGGAAGAAAUGA